GCUUUGUGCGUGAGAAAAAGACAAAUCAAUUGAAUGUCAAUUGUUAUCAUCGUUCUUGCCUACUUUCAUCAUCAUUCCCCCAUCUCUCUCCCUGUGGACUGGGACCAGGAUGGGGGACACAAUAGUACCUCCACCGUUUGUCGACAGCUCACGAGGUGAAGCAGUCCUGAAUGUGUUUCAAGGAGGAGGUCAUGAACUCCUCGAGGCUUCUUGGAAAGGCUCUCGCUGCCCUUUGGACCGACGGCUGAUAAAAGGGCAGUCAGUCCUUGUCAGGAGAAUGAUGAUGAAGUGGUUGGAUUUGACUCAAGACUCAUACAUGUUAUACGUUUAUAACAGAAGUGUACCGCCAUGUCACGAAAAUCUUGGAUUGAGGAAACCUUCUUCAAGAGAGAGUGUGUGAAGUUUAUCCCUUCCUCUCGGGACCUACACAGAUGUAUUCCAGUAUGUCAAGUAUGCCAAAACUUGAUCAGAUGUUGUUGUGGCCGCCUGAUGGGGGAGCAUUCUUGGCAAGGGUCCCUCCCCCCCAUAUCCCUCUAUCCUGGUCCUGGACAGGACAUGGAAGAGGACUGGUCCAUAGAGCUCCACACCAAAGCCAGUCCCACCGAUGCCUAUGGGACCAUAGACUUUCAGGACACUGCCACACGUGUCUGCCGGGCUAAGUAUGUUCGUGUGGCUGUGGACUCAAAGCCAGAGGUGCUGCUCCAACUGAUGCUGAGGGAGUGGCAGAUGGAGAGACCCAAGCUACUACUGACCGUUCAGGGAGGCUCGGAAAACUUCACCCUACCCCCUAAAGUCAAGCAGGCCUUCAGCAAAGGGCUGAUCACUGCUGCCCUCAGCACAGGGGCAUGGAUACUCACUGAUGGGAUUAAUACAGGUGUGUCUAAAUAUGUGGGCGAGGCGGUGAAAACCUUUGGGGGCCACGACCUGAGGAAGAGAAACACAGUCGGCAUCACACCAUGGGGAGUCAUUGACAACAACACAGACCUUAUAGGCAGAGACGUGUUCAGACCCUACCAGCCACUGGGGAACCCUUUGAGCAAGAGGGCCUGUCUUAAUGGUUUCCACUCCCACUUUCUGUUGGUGGAUGAUGGAACGCUGGGAAAACAUGGCUGCCAGCAAGGCCUCAGGAGGAAGCUGGAGAAACACAUCCAACUACAGAAGAUACACCCUCGACUGAACCAAGGAGUGCCUAUGGUAUGUGUGGUGGUGGAGGGCGGCCCUGCCAUUGUGUCCACAGUGUUGGACUAUGUUAGCAAUGUGCCCCCUGUGCCAGUGUUUGUGUUCGAAGGAUCGGGCAGGGCUGCUGACCUGCUCGCUUUCUUACACAAGCAGACUGCUAUUGACAGGCAGUUGGAUGCUGACAUUAAGGAGGACUUCCUUGUUCGGAUUGGAGAUGUGUUUGGAGUAGAGAGAGCAGAAGCCUCUCAGCUCUACAAUCUCCUCCUGCAGUGUAUGGAUCACAGACAGUCUAUAACCAUCUUUGACUCAGAGUCAGAGGACCAAAUGGCACCUGAUGCGGCAAUUUUGACAACUACUCUCAAGGGCACCAAGGCCAGUCCUGCAGAGCAGCUGAGUAUGGCUCUAGCCUGGGACAGGGCUGACAUUGCACAGAAAGAUGUCCUGGUGUACGGACAGCAUUGGCAGGUAGGUUCCUUGGAGCAGGCUAUGCUGGAUGCUCUGGUGAUGGACCGGGUCAGUUUUGUCAAACUGCUGAUUGACAAUGGCAUGACUAUGAGCCGCUUCCUCACUGUGGAUCGCCUCGAGGAGCUCUAUAACACGGGGCAGACAGGCCGUUUCCUUCACCACCUCGUUGAAGAUGUGAAACAGACUUCUCUUCCUAUAGGUUACCGUCUUUCUCUCAUUGACAUGGGCCUGGUGAUAGAGUACCUCAUAGGAGGAGCGUACCGCAGCACCUACACACGAAAACACUUCAGAGCUGCCUAUAGCCGCCUGCAGGACAAAGACGGUAGACGGGACAGUUCCACCUCCUUAUCUAAACAGAGACGGGGAUUAAUACCAAACUCUAAGAGGGGCAGGAGUCUCCAGGACCUGCAUUUUUUUAGAACUGCUCAGCCCUACAAACCCAAGGAGCAAGAUGUGUCACCCGGGUGCAGUCGAGAGAUCACAUUGAGCCCUGGCCUUGAUGAUGCUCCACUGCUGGUUCCCUUCAACUUCAACGACCUGUUCGUGUGGGCCGUUCUUCAUCAGCGUCAGCCGAUGGCACUGUUCCUGUGGCAGCACGGCGAGGAAGCGCUGGCACGUUCCACAGUGGCCUGUAAGCUGUACCGCUCCAUGGCCUCUGAGGCACGGCAGAGCAGUAUGGACGACAACAUUGCAGAGCGAUUCAAGACAUAUUCACUUGAGUUUGGUCAGCUGGCAGUGGAUGUGUUAGACUGUGCAUUUCGUCAGAACGAGCAGAUGGCCAUGAAGUUGUUGACUUCAGAGAUGGAGGCAUGGAGCCACUUCACCUGUCUGCAGAUGGCUGUCUCCUCGUGUCAUAGACCAUUCGUCUCACACUCCUGCACUCAGACCCUCCUCACAGAUCUCUGGACUGGUCCUCUCAACAUGAGAAAAAACUCUUUUUUGAAGAUAAUUUUGAGCCUUCUUCUGCCCCCUGCCAUCUUGCUACUGGAGUUUAAAAGCAAAGCUGAAAUGUGCCAUGUACCACAGUCCCAUGAGGCAAUGCUGUUUGGACUGGACUCUGUGAAGUCAGUACCAUCCCAUGAGGGAACUGAUCACACGGCCAGUCAGGAUGCAGAGCGAGGCCUUUCUUUCCAUGACAAAUGUCUGGGUCCUGUGUCAGAAACUGUAUCCUCUAUGACCAUGCAUUGUCUGUCCUGGAUCACAAGAAUCUAUGAAUUCUACACAGCUCCUGUUGUCAAGUUCUGGUUUCACACAAUGUCCUACUUGGUUUUUCUGAUGUUAUUCUCCUACGUCGUCCUGGUGAAGAUGGGGGAUCAACCCAGUGUUCAGGAGUGGUUGGUCAUAGCGUACAUCUUGUCCACCGCAGUGGAAAAAACCAGAGAGGUACUAAUGUCCGAGCCGAGGAAUCUGAGCCAGAAGCUGAAGAUUUGGUUCUCAGAGUACUGGAACGUAUCAGAUUUCAUAGCCAUCCUCCUCUUCCUGGCUGGACUGGCAAUGCGUUGGCAUGCUAAUCCCUACCGGAUGGCAGGACGCAUCAGUUACUGUCUGGACAUCAUCUUCUGGUUCGUCAGGGUGAUGGAUCUGCUGGCUGUCAAUCAGCACGCUGGCCCUUACCUCACCAUGAUCACUAAGAUGACCAGUAACAUGUUCUUCAUAGUGGUGAUGAUGGCAAUAGUGCUGCUGAGCUUCGGGGUGUCCAGGAAGGCCAUCCUGUCGCCAGAUGAGGAGCCGUCCUGGAGCCUAGCUCGAGACGUAGUCUUCCAGCCCUACUGGAUGAUCUAUGGAGAGGUCUACGCAACGGAGAUAGAUCCAUGUGAUGACGGUCAUCCAUGUCCUCCUGCUUCCUUUCUUACGGGAUUCCUCCAGGCUGUCUAUAUGUUCUUCCAGUAUAUCAUCAUGGUCAACAUACUCAUUGCAUUUUUUAACAACAUCUACUUUGACAUGGCAUCAACAUCCAAUAAGCUGUGGAAGUACAACCGUUAUCGCUACAUAAUGACCUAUCAGGAGAGGCCGUGGCUGCCUCCGCCCCUUAUCCUCCUCAGUCACAUGGCCCUAGGUUUGAGAGCCAUCUACAAGAGAUGUAGUGGGGAUGCUGAGCGGGAGGAGAGAGGCUCUGGACUUAAGCUCUACCUGGGCCAUGAGGAUCGUAAGAGGCUCCAUGAGUUUGAGGAGAAAUGUGUGCAGGCCUACUUCCAUGAGAAGAGUGAAGGUCUCCACAGCAGUCAAAUUAACAGGAUCAGAGCCACAGCUGAGAGAGCAGAGGAGAUGUGCAUGAUGGUAGGGGAGGUCUCAGAGAAGGUCAACUUUAUUCAGGACAGCCUGUCAGAGUUGGACUGUCAGCUAGGUCAACUCCAGGACUUUUCGGCGCUGGCCGUGGACACCCUCACUCUGCUCUCUGCUUCUGACAGCCUACACCAGGAGGAAGCACGCCUGGCUCAAUGUCGACCCAUCACAGCGUCCCGGCACAUCCUCCCUCACAGCUGGACCCUCCCGCACAGAAGUGGAGCAGACUGUGAUGUACUUAAUAUGCGGCGAGUGAUGGCCAAGUCGUGUAAAAGUACUCCACCUUCAUGUAGACUGGCAUCACAGGAGUGCCAUGUUGGAGUCAGGGGGGGCAGGGGAGGAAGACAAGGACAUACUGAGGAGGGAGUCGAAGGAGCAAAGGAGGAUUCACAGUCUGCUACUGUUGACCAUCCCAGUGAGAAUUGGCUGGGAGUUUCUAGACCUGCGUCCCAUGCUUCCCUUUCACACUUUUAUGGAGGUGGAGUUAAUCUCGGUGGUUUCAGGGAUCAGACACCCUGUCAGUCCUGUGGACCGUCCCGCUGUGGGUCUCCUCUUUCUCCCAGAUGCUUGGAGUCACCACAUCAUAAACUCUGGACAGGUGACCCAUACCUGUAUCCCAGUCAGGAGGAAACAUCCAUGGAAGAGGAGGAAGAAGAAGAUGAAGAAGAAGAGCAAGAGGAGGAUAGGGCACAGGAACAGCUGUCUAAUAUAGAAGUAUCCAGAGCCUCUAGCAAUGCUGUCCUUCUGUCUGACCCCAGAGACAUCUCUGAGGGUUUGGUAAAUCCUGCCUUUUCUCAGGAUUAUAGCCAACCAAGGUCUCGGUCCAGACCUUCCAGCCAAUGGGGAAGACCUGUGAAAUCCCCCAGGUGGGCAUGUCUGUCCAGAGACCGUCCCUACGGCCACUGCAGGUCUCUGUCAUCCAGCGUGGAGAAUAUGACUUUUUUUGGGGCACCCCUCAGUCCAAUGAGGGGAUCAUUUCCUUCUCUGAACGAACCAAUGACCAAAGAGAGUUUGUCUGAUGGGAGAAAUUUCAGGGACGACACAUUGCUACGAUACAGCAGGAGCAGAGAGUGGUCCAAGUCCUCUGACUUCACUCAAAUCUUAGACAAGAGAGGCAAAAUCCAGAACAGGAAGACUGUGAAGAUACAAGAGAGCAGUCCAGAUACUUCCCAUUUGUCUGAUGCCUGCUGGAGAAGGUGCCGGAGAUUGAGAGGAGAACCUACAUGUUGGUCGGCUUCAACCAGCCUCAGUCAGCUCAAUUUUGAACCAAUGGAUUUGUUGCAGAAGCAAGUGUUUUCCCAUCAGGAUGUGUGGAGUCCUACUCAUUCAGCAUGGAACAGCUGGGCCAGAUCCAUGAGCCGUAGAUCUUCUUUACAGAGUGGGAUUGCCCCAGAAGCGAAGAGCUCCUCAUUCCAGUCCACUGAAAAUUUGUAUCCGCACUAUUCAGCCAUGGAGAGAAACAAUUUGAUGAGACUGGCGCACACCAUUCCCUUCACUCCUGUUUCCAUUCUGGGAGGUGAAGAGGUGAGCAUCUACUCUCUGGAGGAAGUGCCCUCUGAUGCUGACCCUGAAUCCAGCACAGUCUCCUCCUGGUCGUCACGAGGCUUUUCUGCCAUGCUGCAGCCCCUCUCCAGUGAAGAGGGGUCUCUGGAUGGGGGUCUCCGGCGGGGCUGCAGGGUGCUGUGUACCUGGGCAGAACGGGACAUGCUCAGACCUGGUCUGGUAUACGUGGUCAAAGCCUUUAGGCCGGAGGUGGUUCGUGCCUGGCAGAGGUACUUCCAUGGUAGCACGGCACUGCAGCUUUGUUUAAGGGAGAUCCAGCAGCAGAGAGCAGCCCAGAAGAUGAUGCAAGUGUUCAAUCAGGUCAAACCUGAUGAUAUGCACCACUCACCAAGGUUUCUAGAUGUAUUGCUGGUUCUCUGGCAUUCGAAUGGCCAGUGGCUGACUAUCGAGAGGAACAUGUCUGGCGACUUCAGGAAGUACAACAACAACACAGGAGAAGAGAUCACCCCCUGCUGUUCACUGGAAGAAAUGUUGCUAGCGUUCUCCCACUGGACAUAUGAGUACUCAGGCAGAGAGCUUCUGGUGCUCGAUAUACAAGGAGUAGGAGAGGCACUGACUGACCCAACAGUCAUUAUGGCAGACGAUCAGAGUGGUAGCAGGGGUGAGAUGCUUUUUGGUCCUGAUAACCUUGGAGAUGCUGCCAUCAACGGUUUCCUUCAGAAACACUCUUGCGGUGCCUGCUGUAGAAGACUGGGCCUAGCAGAUUUCUUCAACAAAUCAAACCAAAUUAUUCAUGCUGGAUGCGUGGACUUCCUCCCAGGCCUAUUUAAGGAGGUAUCCGGACAGCUGCGAGAACAGCAGCGAGGAAGAACCGACGUCGGUGAAAGAAGAACAGGAGGACGAUUAAACCGGGAUGUAACCUUUGACCCAGGAAGUAGGGAGAAAAAAGACACGCGUAAUUUUACCAUCACAUGUACCGAGACAUGUCUGCCUGAACACUCACACAUAUGUUCUCACAAAAUACUGUCUUGGUGUCGCGUCAGCCCUGAUUCCUUUGCAGUGGAAACAGGGUGAUAGAAGAGUGAUUUCUUAUCAUGAGCUGUGACUGGACACUAGAGAUUUAAUUACUGUAAUUUGUACAGAGGAUGCUAAUAUAUUCUUUCAAUACAUUAAGUAAAUAUGUAUUUCAUGAAUCAUAAUAGGAAAUACAGUAAUAACAUACUGCUUUUUCAAGACUUCACAAAAGUCUAAAAAAUUUUUGUACUUUGUCUAUAAAUGUUUUGAUAUUGAGACAAUGACAAUUACUGUUAAUUAACAUACACAUAUACAUUAUGGAUUAAUGUACCAUGGAUAAAAUAGUUUCAUGUUUGGCUAAAAUAAAAAAAAUGUAACAAUGUGUAUGUGUGAGACAGAAAAACGAGGCAGAAAUGCACCCAUAAAAUUUCUUUUAUUUUUUUUCUUCCCACAACAAAAUGUCUACAAAAGCGAUAAAAUAUAGAAUUUAACAAAAAUCACUUCAGACCUUCACAUUGUAUAUACAUGUCAAAGGAGGACUCAGUAAGGGCCCUGCAUAGCUCUGAACUUCAACCCAUUCUGAUCCAUCAAAUGUGGGUGUUUGUGGCUUCUCUUUAAUGCAAAUUAAUGCAUGCGCACACACACACACACACACACACACACACACACACACACACACACGCUUUCAUUCUUGUGAAAAUAAAAAAUCUACAGCAGAGCUCAUGGAUUUAUAGCAGAGUCAGAGUUCAGAGUCCAGCAGAGUCCCCUCUCACCAAAUGAGAAAAGCAUAAAAUGUAAAAACGGUUUGUCAGUGUAAUCAAAUACACAUUUUCCUUGGAGCUCCCCUUUUUUGAUUGGUUUCUCAAGUAAACUCACACAGUAAAGCAUCUACGCCCCACUCUGCCAGUCCUUUCUCUCCUAACUAGCUAUGGCACUUUGAAAACAAACAAAUCAUUUUAUUGUAUUUUUUUGUUUUGUUUCCUGUGUAAAAGUGGUUCUGUAGCCCAAGCACCUUUUUAGGUUUCGGUUACAGAUUGCUACAUUUUGUUUUAUUUGCUCUUGCUGGGAUGCAAAGACAUUCUAAACAAUAAAUUAACAAAUUUCAACACUACUCCAACCAUCAAGAAAGUUUACAAAGCAUUGGUAGCGCAAUCAUCAUCUCAUUCUUUCUGUUUCUCUGUCUCACGCACACACACACACACAGGUUUUCUCAGGAAAGGGAGGAGGAGAUGGAGUGUAUUUGACUAAGUGUAGGAAAUGCAUUUCAAACCAAGUUAAUUAAAAAUGUAUGCGCAAUUUGUCCGAGCCGUCAUAUAGAACGACGACUAGUAUUAUUGUGCGCUCUGCGAUGUCGGCCUGUGUUGAUGGAGUGGUAAAGGCGCAUGAUGCAUUCAGCCCCUCACACUGAACAGGCUACUCCAUAACAUUCAGAAUAGAUUACCCUCCCCACAUCAUUCCCUCCCGCUGCAGGUUAAGGGUCUCUGAUCUGGUUCAAUAAGGCCAGUUCAGAAAGGGCCGUUCACUGACUGGUUAUACCAACUCACACAUUCAAAGGUUGAGAAAAAAUCAUUUCAAAUCGAGCAACAAAUUUUAAAUUGGUGGUGUAUAAAUAAGAGCAUUUUAUUUAAAAAUUCUUUCAGCUUGUGAAAAAAAAAAGUUGCUUUGAACUUACUGAAUUGACGUGGAAUUUGCCCUAAACCCAACCCUCCUACCUUGCCAAUAACCCCUCCCACGAAACUCACAAUAUCAUGAGAAGAGAAAACACAAAUAAGCCCCAAAUGUUUCAUUGCAAUGAAACGUCAUGCAAAUAGAACAGAACAACAAUAGGCUAAUAGUAAUAGAAGAAUAGUAGUCAUAAUAAGAACAAUAAUAAUAGUAAAUAGUAAUAAAAUAAAAAAUAAUCUUACAAUGCAAACAUGACAGUAUUAAAUGCCUCCAGUUCUUAUUGCUACAGUUUCUUACUUACAGUGUUGCGUUGCCAUUCGUUCUUGCCAGCACAUCCCCUCUCA